GUCAACACCUACCCCGGAAAUGUUUCAGCCCUGAGCUCACGGACAAUGCCUGUUGUGUUUUUGGCUUAUAGUUUUCAGUUGAAUUUUUCUACAUUUAUGUGGCUUAAUGUUGAUAAACGCAAUAUAACUUUAUGCCACAAAUAUUAAAUUUCUCAAGUUACGCUUGGAUACAAACCAAGCGAAUAAAAACGGCAGAGCGCUACAUCAAGUUAGCGGAGCUAACGGCUAAACAAACAAACAGACGGUAGCUGUCUUCAGAAGUUUGAAUUAAAAUGAGUUUAGCGGGAAGUCGAGAACCCAGGAAGACUGCGGGGAACCGCAUGUUCAAAUUAUUAGAUGCUGAAGAAGAGGACGAAUUCUACAAGACCACGUACGGAGGUUUUAACGAUGAAUCUGGAGAUGAUGAGUAUCAUGGCGAACACUCUGACACUGAGGAUGAAGUUGAUAGCGACUUUGACAUUGAUGAAGGAGAUGAGCCUGACAGCGACCAAGAGGAGGACGCCCCUCGACGCAAAAGUCGAGUUGUGACUAAAGCUUAUAAGGAACCUAUAAAAGUGGCAAAACCCAAACCCAAAAAACCUGAAGAACAGAAAAAGACAGAGAAAACUAAAGUGGAACUGAAAAGAAGGAUUCCACAGGAAUUCCAUGAUUUUAAUGAGACCCGGAAGUCUGUGCGACAGUCCACCAGUGAACAUACACGCAAGACCAACCUCCGCUUACAGGAACGUCAGGAUGCUCCACGGAGAAGGAGAGGAGCUCAUCGUGAUCAGCCUCUCACACAGGAAGAACUGCUGGCUGAGGCCAAGAUCACAGCCGAGAUUAACAUCAGAUCAUUGGAGAACUAUGAACGCCUGGAGGCAGACAAGAAGAAGCAAGUCCACAAGAAACGGCGUUUUGAGGGACCGACCAUCCGUUACCACUCGGUCCUGAUGCCCAUCGUCUCCCACUCUGUACUGAAGGAAGAAAAUGUGGAUGUUGAAGGGUUGGAUCAGGACCUUCCUCAAACCGCUCCCCAAAAUCCCACCACGCCUUCCCAGCAGCCCACUGGAGGCUUGUGUUCUCGUACCUACAUAACCUUCAGCGACGACGAGGCAUUUGACGUGGCCUUUCGUCCCGCUGCACAAUCCACUCCUCAGCUUCCUGUCCAGGAGGUUUGUCCCGUCACCCACAAGGCCGCGCUGUACAGAGACCCGGUCACUGACAUACCGUACGCAAAUGCACAAGCAUUCCGCAUCAUCAGGGAAGCGUACCGGAAAUAUGUGGCGGCUCACGGGUUCCCUAACACAUCAGGUGGAAUGACAGGACUGGACUCCUCUGCAGCCAAAGGUGCUCGACACAAGAUGCUGGUAAAGCAGAGUGCAGUCACAACAUAGAUCAGUUCAGCAACAACAACAAGGAACAGUUGACUUUUAUCUCAUAAAUCACAGACUUUAAUGGUUGUGUUCCAGUUGUGUUCAAGACAAAAUGUUGCAGGUAUUUGAAGUAUUUGUACACUAACAAUACUAUACCUCAGUACCUCAGCCUACACACGUUCAAGCAAAGUAAAUGAAAAGCUCAGCAUGGUUUCACGUAAGUUCCUGUUAAAAUAACUGACCUUUGGCUAGUGAAAUGAGACUAACAGAAAAAUGACCUUUUAUUUCUGUGACUUGAGUUAAAAGUUGAUUUUAAGGUGGACCUGGUUCUCGGCUCCCUUUGUUCACACUGUGCACUCCAGAGGGUGCAGUGUCUCACUGUUGUACCAAAGGCAACUUAUAAGUGCAGGUAAGCAAACUGAGCUAUUUUUGUUCUCUGUUGGGCUCUGUAAGACUCUAGGUGUUUUCUGAGUUUGUUUUGAUGUCUAAAAAAAAGUCCAUCUGUAAAAGUAACCUCAGACUUUUAAUUUACAUGCUGUUUUGACAAAUACUUUUUCAGUUAAGUUUCUUGUAGAAUAUACAAACGUCUGAACUCAUAACUAAAAUAAACAUUUUUAUCAUUUUGUAA